AUGGGAUUUCCAAGGCAGUGGUGCUCGUGGGUCCAAGGGGUGCUAGCCUCGGCUAGAUCUUCUGUUUUAGUUAACGGGGCCCCUACUUUUGAAUUUCAAUAUCAUAAAGGAAGACGUCAAGGUGACCCUCUCUCCCCUUUUCUAUUUUUGAUUGUUAUGGAAAAUCUCUCUUGUAUGUUGGAUGCAGCCAAGGAAGCGGGAGCGGUGCACGAUAUUCAAACUCCUAAUGGUGGUCCAAAUAUCUCGCAUUUAUUAUAUGCGGACGAUGCCAUUAUCUUGGAGAGGUGGAAUAAAGAGGACAUCGUUAAUGUUGUGAGAAUUCUUCUGAUAUUCCAUCUGGGUUCGGGGCAAAAAAUAAAUCUUGCUAAACCUAAUAUGUAUGGAAUUGGAGUGGAAGCUUCAUAA